AUGGACAUUCUAGCGACGACGACAGAGCGCUUGGCCGAAACACUAGCGUCCGUCGGUGCAAACGGGACGCUAACGCUGAAACCCUUCCAAGAUGGCGAAGAUCAUGCCGAUCACGACGAAGAAGAUUCGCCAACGAUAGCCAAAGUGACCUCCAUGGUGGUACUGUUCAGUGUCAGCAUGGUGUGUGGCCUGGUGCCGUUCAAGUUGGUGCGCUGGUUUAACCUGAAUCCAUCCUCCCCGUCCGGGGGCACACAUUUGUUCCUGAUCCGGCUGCUGCUGUCGUUCGGCGGUGGUGCCCUGCUCAGUACCACCUUUCUGCAUCUGCUGCCCGAGAUAAACCACUCGAUCGCCGAGUUGGUCGAAACCGGUGCUCUGCCCGAACCGGACGAUCUGCCCUUUCCGCUCGGCGAAUUCCUGCUCACGAGCGGGUUCUUCAUGAUUUAUCUCAUCGAGGAGGUGGUGCACUGGUGGAUGCAUCGCCGUUCGGCAAUCGCCCGUGCUGCCAAAGCCGAAAAGAGUGCGGCCGGUGGUAUGAGCUUCGAGGCACACUCCAAACAUGACCUAGCGCAUGGACAUUCACAUGCCGGCAACAUAACCGCCGUCUACCCGGUGUCCGAUAUCGACGGAACGCCCACCGCAGUACCGAUCGAUGCCCCGGCACCAGCAGCGUCCAACGCGAACGGACCACUGCGCGGACUGCUGAUUGUGCUCGCCCUCUCCAUUCACGAGCUGUUCGAAGGGCUGGCAGUCGGGCUGGAACGGUCACCAUCAGCCGUGUGGUUACUGUUCGGGGCCGUCGCCUCGCACAAGUUCGUGAUCGCCUUCUGCGUUGCGUUCGAGCUGCUGGUGGCGGCCGUACAGUUCCGCAUUGCCGUCGCGUACAUCUUCGUCUACUCGGUGGUCAGCCCGCUCGGUAUCGGCAUCGGGAUCGCGCUCAGCUCCGUCAGCUCCGACACGAACCAAACGAUCGAGGUCGUGUCGGUGAUACUGCAGGGUCUCGCCAGCGGCACGCUGAUCUACGUGAUCUUCUUCGAGAUUCUGGCGAAAGAUGCCGGACACAGUCAUGGGGGUGGCGGUGAUAACGAUGGACAGCAAGGGCACGAUCAUCAGCAUUCGGUGUCGCCCACGAACGGACUGUGGCAGUUCUUGGCCGUACUGGCCGGGUUUGGUCUGCUGCUUGGCAUCAAGGCCGCAACCGGACACAGCCAUAAUCAUAGUCACGGAGGAGGUGACGAUCACGAUCAUGACCAUUAA